AUGGCAUUGACUUGUUGUGUGAAGUCGUGUUCCAAUGGCUCUUACUGGCUAAAGAAGUGGAAAUCGCAGUUGUGCGAUGUGUGUGGUUGUUUGCAUAAGGAGAAACUGUGCUCAUGUGAACCACCAUUUAGAUUGUUCACAUUUCCAACCAAAAUCAAGAAUCCAGAGCGCAGAGAAAAAUGGAAGCAGCUUGUUGGACGCAGUGUGGGUAGUAAACUGUGGUCGCCGCCUAAGGACAGUAGGAUAUGUUCAAGACACUUCAUCGGUGGAGAGCCUACUCUGCAGAACCAACUCCCAACAUUACAUAUGGGGUAUGAGGGAGCUGAGAAACGAGUGAAAAGAAUGACACUCUUCGAGGCGACAAAGCACAAACCUACUAAAAAAGCUUACGCGAAAGUGGAAUGUACCCUCCCUCAGCAGGAUAUUGUUUUCGCAGAACCUAUUUAUGCCAGCGACCCAGAAGUUGAGUCCAUGCCGAAACCCAAGUUGACUGUGCCUUGGAUUUUCACGAUCCUUGCCCUCUUUCUUGGACUGUGUAAUCUUUUAAGCGAUCAGAAGAAGAAAAUUGCUAAACUGCAAGCAGAAGUGGAUUCACUUAAAAAAACAGUCAACCACUUGAAACACAAAGUGUACUGUGAGAACAUUAUAACCACGGAUAGUGAUACUAGUUUUUAUACUGGUAUGCCUUCAAAAGGAAUUUUUAACAAACUACAUGCUUUUAUCUCCCCUUUUGUAAAUAGAAGGUGGACUGGUCUUGUUUCAGUGUCAAAAAAUGUCAGGAAAUUUAAACUUUCUCGAUUUGGGCCGUCACGAAAAUUAACUUCAAAAAGUGAAUUUCUAAUGAUGCUGAUGAAAUUAAGACUUGGACUUUUAAAUAAGGACUUGGCCAAGCGGUUUGACAUUUCAGAGACAUUAUGCUCACGUAUAUUCUUUUCAUGGCUACGAGCAACCAGUACGGCCUUGAAAUCCAUGGUUUAUAUUCCAGAAGAGGAAUCUCUGAUUGGAUCAAAACCGCUGCGCUACCGCCAGCUGCAUGAUCUUCAUUCUAUUAUAGACUGUACAGAGAUUUUUAUAGAGACUCCCAAGGAUAUGUAUUUACAGAGUGCAACAUGGAGUGACUACAAACACCAUAAUACGUUAAAAAUACUAGUUUCAUGUGCACCGAAUAGUUCCAUUGUUUAUGUCAGCCCAGCCUACUUGGGAAGAAUCUCUGAUAAAGCUUUAACCCUUGAUUGUGGCUAUCUUGACAUGGUACCAUUUAACAAAAUGGUUAUGGCCGACAAAGGAUUCAACAUUUCCAAUGAAUGUGCAGAGAGGAAUAUAACACUGUAUGUUCCACCAGGAAAACGAGGACAUUCCCAAAUGUCAAUGUUGAAAAAACAAAAAGAAUUGCAAAUCUGCGGAUCUUGA